GGAGUCAUGGAUGUCCUGGGUGGCAUUUGUGAACGGAUGUCUCCGGAUUAACGGGAUCAGUUAGUCCCAUUGAUGCGGCCGCAUUCUCCGCACUCAUCUCCGCGCUAAAAGCACGGAGUUAGCAGUAUGUACGCCGACUCGCGACUGUGCAUAUUCUCAACGUGGGGCUGACAUCCGCGUCUGUCAAUUAAUCGAUUGAGUAAUACACCCACCACAAACACGAGACUUACAUACACCAACCAUGGCAACCCGUAGCGAGCAAGCUUGCAAAGCCUGCAAAAAGCAGAAGCGGCGCUGCGAUAAGGCUCUCCCUGAGUGUAGCUUAUGCAAGCGGACUCAACGCGCGUGCGAGUAUGGCGUCCCUGCCGAGUUUCAACCAACUGCUGGCGAUUGGCACAUUAUGCAGGCACGUCUCGCUGAGCUCGAGAAUCGUCUGGCUAAUUCUCCGAGAGCCACCGACCAGCACAUCUUGAGCCCAAUCUCAGGCCCAGCUUCGGGGUCAGCGUUGGGACAAGACUCAACGUCUGGCGCGACAUUCUGCGACUCCAUCGAUGCGCACAGCAUCGGGUCAAAUAGUGUCAACUCAUCGUCCCAAUCCAUCGGUUUCACGCCUUCCUAUUCUGCUGUCGAAUAUUCAGGUUUAACCUCGGUGACCCAUUUCCCGGCAUCUAUGUUUCUCGAUGUUGACUGCUAUGUAUGGUCUCAUGCUAGACUGCCAGUUCCCACCGGCGCCAUUCCUGCGCCCGUCCUUGCGCUUCUCAGCCAAGGCAACGUCGUUCUAGAUGUAUCACGAGACUACUUUGCGACGAUUCAUACCUGGUUCCCCAUCAUAUCUAAAAAGAGGAUGGAUAUGGGUCUACCUGUGCAGAAUGCAGGCCCCGAUCUCGCCAUGCUGUUCCUUGGAAUGAAGCUUGCCACGACUCCUGCUGUCGACAUAACCGACUCAGCCUUGUAUGAUACAGCCAAAACCUUCCUCGCUAGUCUGGAGGGUAAUGGUGUCGUCUCGCUACUCUGUCUUCAGGCUAUGAUCCUCGUAGCCUUGUAUGAAUAUUCGCAUGCGAUCUAUCCGGCAACUUGGAUGACUGUCGGGUCGUGCGUGCGCUAUUCUGAUAUCUUGGGCAUCGCCCCUGGUGAUUAUUCUCCAUUAGGUCAAGUGACAACAUGGACGGAGGCUGAAGAGAGAAGGAGAGUAUGGUGGAGUAUCUAUAUCCUCGAUAAGCUUGUGUCGAUGGGAAGCAGGAAGCGUUGCUUAUUACCUGAUCUCCAACCGGAGGGUAAAUUGCCUGUUGAUGAUGACGCAUGGGACCGGGGCGACGUCAGCAUGGCGGUCAGCCACUCAACGUCAAUACCAUAUCAUUUCCAGCAAUCUGCAUUCGCAAGACUAUGUCAAGCCUCAAUGUAUCUCGGACGUGCGACCAGCUACGCACGCGAUAAGUCAGCCAUGAGCACUUCCCGUGUUGAACAAGUCAUGUCUUUCGCCGAGGAACUGUCAGCCUUCGAGGAAGUUGUGAAUAAUGAAAGUGCAGCCCUUGGCCCUGACAGGGGUUCCGCUCUUCUUGCACCUCGAUGUAUCGCCCGCUCAGCGCUCUUCGUCACCCUCGACCGUUUCACUUGCCCGGAAAAGAUCAGUGCAGAGCCUGGAUAUGUAGAUAGUCCCGGGGACAAGACACAGAAGGAGCUCGAGCUUCAAAAACAGUCUAUGCAUAUCAUAGGACAGGCCAGCGAACAGCUACACACUAUGGGCAUGGCCAUGUUGCCAAUGCUCAGGGCAGAAAUGGUAUCUUCGCUCGGGAAUGUGAGCCCUUUCAUCUUGGACUCCAUCUACGCAAGUGCAGCGACAUUCCAUUGGCUUCUUGGUGAGGGCGGGAAUGAAGUUUACCGCACGGCUGCGGCUGAUCUGGAUAUGUUUCUGGAUACUAUGAGCUCGAGGUGGCGGCUUGGAAGCACUUACCGCGAAAUGCUGAUGGUUCACGACGUCACAGCAAGGGUCGAAGCUAGGACGAUGGUAUGAUAGAAUAGUUUUUAAGUUCCGAAUGUAUUAUGAAACGUUAUUCUUAGUAAAGUUCGUUCUGUAAUAAGAAUAGAGAAACGGCCCAUCGAUCGCG